AUGGAUAUGACGUCCAGCGACCAGCCCAGCUUUCUCGACAGUGAGCUCAGACGUGAUUAUAUCAAUGAGGACCAUAUUCUUGCGUUCGCCAAGGCACUCGAGUCCGAUGAGCUAACAACACUCCAAGACGAUUCUUCCCCCUCACUCCCCGGUACUCCUCGGACCAUACACGCAGAACGUAUCCGAAAAGUCUCUGCGCUCAGUGACUUCGCCCCAAUUAAUCAACGAGUCAAACGACGACGGCGGGGCCUUCUUCCUCCACGUCGCCGGGAGCUCCUAUACCAUAUUGUCCGAUGGCCUCUUCUUGGACUACUAUUUCUAGUAAUAUUCUUCGAGUUUUAUGCCUACGUAUGGAUCCGACAGUGUGUAAACGCCCUCGAGUGGCUCUUGGCUUGGCGAGGCAAGAAGGGCAAGCUUAGAGCCAACCUUCGUAAAGCUCGGACGUAUGAAGAAUGGAAAGAAGCUGCUCGUGUUAUGGACGAGUACCUUGGAUUUGAGGAAUGGAAACAGGUCGACGAAGAUCCAUAUUACGACUGGACGCUGGUGUACCGCUCUCUCAAAUCUUUCCGGGCUAGAGAUGAUGCCCGCGGUGUACUGGGUGUUCUUGAAGUCUGUAUUCGUGCAAACUUUGCUGGGAUUGAAAGCACCCGAAUUUACAGCGAGACAUUUCUAGGCACCAAAAACCUGAUUGAGUCGUACUUAGACGAAGUAACCUCUGCUCUCGCCUACAUUAGGGAGACUCCUCAACUUUCACCCGAAGAGAAACGACGCUUUUUCCGUUCUGCGAACAAGAACCUUGGUGCUUCAGCACUCUGUCUAUCUGGUGGUGCCUCGUUUGGCUACUACCACUUUGGAGUCGUUCGUGCGUUCCUUGAUGCGGGACAAUUACCUCGUGUUAUAGCAGGAACUAGUGCUGGUGGAUUGGUGGCCGCACUCGUAUGCACACGAACGGAUGAUGAGCUGAAAGAGCUAUUGGUACCUCAACUGGCAGACAGGAUCACAGCGUGUGAAGAACCAUUCAGGGUAUGGUGGAGGCGCUUUAGGGUGACUGGAGCCAGGUUUGAUACACCUCAAUGGGCGAGAAAGGCGUGUUGGUUCACUCGUGGAUCACUUACAUUUCGAGAAGCGUACCAGCGCACUGGGAGGGUGCUCAACAUAUCUGUCAUCCCAUUUGAUCAACACUCGCCGACUAAACUACUCAACCACUUGACUGCUCCUGACUGUCUUAUCUGGAGUGCUAUCAUAGCUAGUGCAGCCGUACCCGGGAUCCUUAACCCCGUAGUGCUUAUGCAAAAGACGAGGUCUGGUGCAAUUGUGCCGUGGAACUAUGGAUCGAGAUUCAAAGACGGGAGUCUGAGAGUUGAUAUCCCACUACAGAGUCUAAAUUUGCUAUUCAACGUCAAUCACCCAAUCGUCUCACAAGUAAACCCUCAUGUCCAUCUCUUCUUCUUUGCUCCACGAGGGUCGGCUGGAAAACCCGUCGCACAUCGAAAGGGCAAAGGUUGGCGAGGCGGGUUUUUAUUGUCGGCAGCGGAGCAGUACUUGAAACUCGAGUUGACCAAGAACUUCAAGGUCAUCCGUGACUUGGAGCUUCUCCCUCGAUUGCUGGGUCAAGAUUGGUCUGGUGUAUUUACCCAGAGGUUUGAGGGCUCUGUUACAAUUUGGCCCCGGACUACAAUAAUGGACUGGCUCAAUAUUUUGAGUGACCCUGAUGAGGCCGAACUGGAACGUAUGAUGUCGGUCGGAAAACGUGUAUCAUGGCCCAAGCUCCACUUGAUCGAAAACCGAACACGCCUCGAACGGGAGAUCUACAAAGGCCGAAAAGCGUUCCGUCAGACUCCAAUCAAAUCAGCUGCACCGGACGUAGACAUUGGUGCAGAUGCUGAGCCAAGUACAAAUGAAGUCCUAUCCCCUCCUCCAAAUGAGAACAAGCAAUUUGAAUUGGGCGAGUUCGCAGCUGGAACAAUGGCGGGAUUACAAGCAAAGAACAAGCUGCUGGCGUUGGACAAUGGACAAGACGGCGAGGACGAGCAGUUGCCGAUGGACUCAGACGCCGAACGCGGGUUUGUCACUGGAUCGCAAAAGUUCUUCAAGCGACCGCAUCACCAUCACAAUUUACGCGACGUUGCUAAUCGAUUGAAGGCGCAUGAAAAUGGGACAUCUCUUAUUCCUCCAUCUAAUGAUGAUAGAAGUCCGAGCCCAAGCCCUACAUCCCUGCGACGUCGACAUCAUGAUCCUUUAUCUAUCCAAUCCCCUUCUCCCCGCCCAGGACACCAACGUUCGCCAAGCUUCAUAGAGAGGCUUAGAAAGAGUCCUCUUUCAGCACUUUCAUUCCGGAGCCGAAGUCCUGCAGGGAGGAACACGGUCCGGGACGAUGAUGGCUGGAGCGAGAGCAGUUCGAGCAGUGAAGAAGAGUGGAUCGGAGGAGCGUCCCCAGCUGUUUUCAGAAAGGGAGCAGAGCUGGAUGAAGAUAUUUAG